CAGCCUUACCAUUGGCAGAGUCACAAUGUUAAAACCAGUGGGGUGGAUGACAUGGUUCUUCUACAGAAAAUAUCAGAAGCCGCCAUAGUAGACAAUUUAAAGAAGAGGUUUAUGGAAGAUUGUAUUUAUACUUAUAUAGGCCCUGUAUUAGUUUCAGUUAAUCCAUUUAAACAGUUGCAGAUUUAUUCUGACAGGGAAAUAGAGUUUUAUCAAGGAGCAGCCCAAUAUGAGAAUCCACCCCACGUAUUUGCGUUAACAGAUAAUAUGUAUCGUAAUAUGUUAAUUGAGAUGGAGAAUCAAUGUGUUAUUAUCAGUGGUGAAUCAGGAGCUGGAAAAACAGUAGCUGCCAAAUAUAUUAUGUCUUAUAUAGCUAAAGUUAGUGGUGGUGGACCUUUAGUUCAGAGAGUAAAAGAUAUAAUAUUAGAAUCUAAUCCAUUACUAGAAGCCUUUGGUAAUGCUAAAACAGUGAGAAAUAAUAACUCCAGUAGAUUUGGUAAAUAUGUUGAAAUACAGUUUAGUAGAGGUGGUGAACCUGAUGGUGGGAAAAUCUCUAAUUUCUUACUAGAAAAGUCUCGUGUAGUUAGUCAAAAUAUAAAAGAGAGAAGUUUUCAUAUAUUUUAUCAAAUAUGUUCUGGGGCUACUGCUGAAAUGAAAGAAAAUUUAGGUAUAAGUCAUCCUGAAUAUUAUUAUUAUUUAAACCAAUCAGCGACUUAUGAUGUUGAAGGUACCAAUGAUUCACAGGAAUUUCAAGAUACUUUAAGGGCUAUGCAGGUAAUUGGUAUAGCAGAUAAUACUCAGAUGGAUAUCAUGUCAUUAGUAGCAGGAGUUAUGCACCUUGGUAAUAUCAGUUUUGAAGAAAGUGGUAAUUACGCUGUAGUUUCUAAUGAUGAAUUUUUAGAGUUUCCAGCGUAUCUGUUUGAAGUAGAUAAAGAGUUAUUACGUGAUAAAUUAACUGGGAGAAUCAUGGAUAGUAAAUGGGGUGGCAAGUCAGAAAGUAUUGAAAUGAAGUUAAAUGUUGAACAAGCAGAAUAUACUAGAGAUGCCUUAGCUAAAGUUUUAUAUACAAGACUGUUUGAUUAUUUAGUAACAUCUGUAAAUACAGCCAUGCAGAAAGAUACAGAAGAAGUCAACGUUGGAAUUUUAGAUAUCUAUGGUUUUGAGAUCUUUCAAAGAAAUGGUUUUGAACAGUUCUGUAUAAAUUAUGUUAAUGAGAAAUUACAACAAAUUUUCAUUGAAUUAACUCUAAAAGCUGAACAGGAAGAGUAUGUACAAGAAGGUAUAAAAUGGUCACCAAUAGAAUAUUUUAACAAUAAAAUUGUCUGUGAUUUAAUAGAAGAAAAAAGACCACCUGGUAUUAUGUGUGUAUUAGAUGAUGUGUGUGCUACUAUGCAUGCUGUAUCUGAGGGUGCUGAUAGUAAAUUCUUAGGGAAAUUACAAGGAGCAGUAGGAAAUCAUGAACAUUAUCAGGGUGCCAAUGAUGGCUUUAUCAUUCACCAUUAUGCAGGCAAGGUUACGUAUACUGCUGAUGGAUUUUGUGAAAGAAAUAGAGAUGUAUUAUUUUCUGAUCUGAUACAACUGAUGCAAUCAAGUGAAAGAAAGUUUAUUGCUCAACUGUUCCCUGAAAAUGUUUCCUCUCAAACUAAAGGCCGUCCAACUACUGCCAGUUCCAAAAUCAAGACACAAGCUAAUAAAUUAGUAGAAACAUUAAUGAAAUGUACACCACAUUAUAUAAGAUGUAUUAAACCCAAUGAAACUAAGAAAGCUAGAGAUUGGGAAGAUAGUAGAGUGAAACAUCAAGUAGAGUAUUUAGGUUUGAAAGAAAAUAUUCGAGUAAGAAGAGCUGGCUUUGCAUUUAGAAGAGAAUUCAAAAAGUUCUUGAAAAGAUAUAAUAUAUUAACUCCUGAAACUUAUCCUGAAUGGCGUGGUGAUCCUAGACAAGGGAUUACACAUUUAAUGAAUUCUGUCAAUAUGGAUCCAGAUCAGUUUCAAAUGGGAAAAACAAAAGUUUUUAUCAAAAAUCCUGAAUCGCUAUUCUUACUAGAAGAAAUGCGAGAAAGAAAGUAUGAUAAAUAUGCCAGAGUUAUACAGAAGGCUUAUAGAAAACAUUAUGCAUGGAAACAGUACUAUAAACUUAGAGAGCAAGCAUGUGAUAUUCUUCUGAAUAAAAAGGAAAGAAGAAGAUUUAGUAUUAAUCGUAAUUUUGUUGGUGAUUAUAUUGGAUUAGAAGAUGCACCAGAGUUAAGGGCCUUGGUUGGUAAAAGAGAGAGAAUAGAAUUUGCGGACUCUGUUAAUAAAUUUGAUAGACGAUUUAAGAGUGUAAAAAGAGAUUUGUUAUUAACAGCUAAAAAUCUAUCUUUAAUAGGUUUAGAAUUAAUUAAAAAAGGUCCUGAAAAAGGAGUUAAAAAGUUGGUUGUUAAAAGACAAAUUCCAAUUGAUCAGAUAUCUUCUGUUUGUUUAAGUACUUUACAAGAUGAUUUUUUUAUUAUAAAUGUUGUUAAUGAUUACAGUAGUUUUUUAGAAUCAGUUUUUAAAACUGAGUUUUUAACUGUUUUAUCUAAGAAAUACAAAGAGAAAACGGGUAAAACAAUUCCUCUUCAAUUCUCAGAUGUAUUAGAGUUUAGUGUGAAGAAAGAAGGAUGGGGAGGAGGGGGAACUAGGACUGUCAAGUUUGUCAGAGGCUCCGGUGAACAAGCAGUGUUAAAACCAUCUUCUAAAGUUUUAACUGUUAGUAUAGGACCUGGUUUACCAAAAGAUUCCAGUAAGUAUUGCUAUUUUUUGUAUUAA